AUGCCAGACCUUCAUACAGACGACUAUAUCGAUGUCGGGUUUCAACUGGCCGACCGUUUCCAAACGACCAUCGACAGCGAGCAGUCCGCUGCAAGUGAGCGGAAAGCAGCACAUGACGAUGCCGAGUACAAGCGGUCGCUAGAUCGCAGUCUACUCUCACCGACCUGGCUUUCGGUUCAGGACUGGGAGUCGCUUCAGAGAGAGCGGAAAUUGGCUCAAGGCUUCUCUGUCAUCGGUCUCAGAGCUCUGAUCUAUGCUGUCCAGUCUCCAUCCUUUUGGCAGAAUGCCUUGAGUGAGGUUCAGAAGUAG